UAUAGUUUUACAAAUUGCUUGUUUUUAUUACAAUAUCUAUGUAGCAAUUGUAGCUAUCAGAAAAGUGAAGUAUAGUCUUCCAUUACUUAAAAGUUCUUCCAAUGUCACAUCUACAGAUGGCAGCAAUGGAGAAAGAAAACACUGGAGUGAAACAAGUCAAACAAGAUAAAAUGGAAGUCACUCACAGCCAAAGCAUCCACGAUUCACCAACAAAGAAUAUCUUCAAUAGCUCUACUUACCAAACUCCCUCUCUCCUACAAAAAGACAUGCAAAGUGUGACCUAUAAGAGCCAAAUCAAACCUGAUGAGCCCAUGGCUGUGACGACACAUGGAUACAUGGCCUUGUGUGGACUCACUGACCAACAGCCUGGUGACACACGUAGCAUCAUUAAGACAAGAAUGUAUCAGAUCAAAGAAAUACGUGAAACUGUAAACACAUCAGACAGUGAGGGGAAACUGAGUGCGAUAUAUUCAACUUCACAAAAGCUCCCAGAACUCAAAAGCAGCACAAGUAUUCAAACCUUAAUCAAGUACAAGCUCCUGGAUGAAGAGGUUUGGCAUGAGUUUGAGAUGGGUCACAUCACAAUGGAAGAGUUGCAAGCAUCGCUCGCUCAGUACACUGGCAAACCAACUGCUAUUGCUGGAGUUUACGUGGAGUCAAGUAAGAAAAAGAUAUCCUUCCUAGAAGCUGCUGAGAAGGGCUUCUUAGCAAAGACGUACGCCGUUGAGUUUCUGGAGGCUCAGGCUGCAACAGGAAGCCUUACAGAUCUGUCCACAGGGCAAACAUACUCAGUUGCUGAGGCUCUGGAGAGAGGUAUUGUAGAGACAGGCCUGAAAGAUAAACUGAUAGAGGCAGAGAAAGCUGUUAGCGGCUACAUCCAUGCAGGCAAAAAGCUGUCUGUGUUUCAGGCAAUGCAGGAAAGAGUUCUUGAUAGAUACAAAGGCAAGAAGAUUCUUGAGAUCCAGGUAGCCACUGGAGGGCUGAUCAACCCAGAGAUUGGUGUCAGGGUGCCAGUUAGCAUCGCUGUUGAUCAGGGUCUGUUAAACAAGGAGACUCUACAGGGUCUGUGCGAUCCAGUCAGUAACCCCAAAGGUUUCCACAACCCCGACAGUGGACUGAAAGCAUACUACUCUGAUAUACUGAAGGAGUGCCUUUAUGACAUUGAUGGUGAUGUGUUUCUCUUCCCGUUCGGUGAGAAGCAUCUCACAAACACCUCACCCACGAGUUCUCACAGAGUGUCUGUUGUCAGCAGCAGCAGCGGCAUCGAAAUGUCAGCGUAUGAGGCAUUCAAGGCGAGACACAUUGACAAGAGGACGUAUCUGUUUCUGUCACAGCAGGAGAGUGAAUGGCAGGAAAAGUCCACCUCUGACGCCAGUGGAAACACAGUUCACAUCAUUGCCGAUGUCAAAGGUGGCCGACAGCUUUGUCUAGAGUCUGCUCUCAGUCAGAGGUUUCUUGAAAUAUCCGAGCUUGAAAGCUAUGGCAGUGGGGAUCUUAGCAUCUAUGAGAUUGCAGACAUCAUAUUUUCAAGGAUGGUCGUUGUGGAAGAUAUCAACAGCCCCAUUGCUGGUCUCUGGGACGUCACACGGAGGAAGAGGCUCUCUGUGCUUCAGGGGUUUCAACAGGGCUUUACUGACAGAAUCUCUGCCUUAAGGCUGUUGGAGGCCCAGGCCUGCACUGGAGGUAUUUGCGACCCUUCUUCAGGGGAGAAAGUUGGUCUUGCUGAGGCUCUCAAAAGAGGUCUUUUAGAUGAGGCAUUGAAUCAACAGCUCCAACAGUUUGAGCAGGUAUUUAACGGCAUCCUUCACCCCAAGACCUCAAAGACUUUGUCCAUCUCCCAGGCUAUUCAGGAAAAUCUCCUCCCAAAGGAUGUCGGUUUUCGCUGUAUCGAAUUCCAGCUCCUGACUGGAGGACUGAUAAGCCCUGACACUCACGAUAGAGUCUCACUCGAAGAAGUCAUUCAGAGCGGCCUUGUUGACAAAGUGACGGCCUCUGCACUUAAAGAUGAGAGGUUCCACACCAAAAGCCUCACCUGUCCAAAGACCAAGAGAAGAAUCACGUUCAGGGAGGCACUUGAAAGAAGCGUGUACGACUGCCACACAGGGUUAAGGUUACUGGAGGCGACAAAAAGUCAUGGGUUUGGAGCCAAAUCAACAUUUCAUUAUGUUUGGGCGUAUAAGUAAUAAGCAUUUGUAAAUAUAUGCUUGUCCAUAGCAUAAAAACAACAGCAGCAAAUAGGAUUUCCUGUGGUUUUGUAAUUGGCUGCAAAGUUACUGCGACUUAACUAUUGAAUGUCUUUUUGUUUUGGUUUACACAUUUUAACACAGUGGUUGAUGCAACUAACACUAGUUCUUGAGAUUUGUUGUUUUUAGUCUGAUUGUAAAUGUAUUAUUGCAAUGCCCCUUUCCUUUUAGGAUUCCUCGCUCCAGUGUUUUUUGUAACAAAGUUAACCAUUUGUCAAAAACCCAUCUGUUUAAAUUGUAGAGAUCUGUUGAUGAGGAGAAGAGAGAGCAUGGUGAUAAAGUUAGCAAA